UUAAAGAGUAGGAGGUUUUGCUUGGCCGCAAAAUACAAACAGAGGCUGAGACGAGGAAUAAGUAGUAGCAGCACUACCAGUAACUUGACACACUCACUCACACAACCAUGAUCAUGGAGUAACUUUGAUUCUAGUUUUCAGUUUCAUCAAACGAUCAUGGUUAUCUUCAUUUGUAACCCCGUUUUCUUCACUAUCGCAAUCCUCUUAAUCUCAAUUUGGGCGAUACAUAAAUUUUUCGAAAUUGAAACGGUCAAGAGACACUGGAGAAACAUCGAAGAUUUCUUCCACGUGUAUCACGUGUUCAAUGUUCCAGAGCUAAACGACAACAUGCAGUACAACACUUUCUACAGAAAACUCUCUAUAUACCUUCAUUCACUUCCUUCCCUCCAAGACUCCUACUCCAAUAAACUAAUCACUUCCGAUAAUAACCAAAACGACGUCGUUCUCAGCCUCGCCCCAAACCAAACCGUUCAAGACCAUUAUCAUGGAGCCAUUCUCUACUGGUUCAACCAAACCGAACCGAACCGGACCUUCAUUCUCAAGAUCAAAAGAAUCGAUAAACGACGAAUCCUUCGUCUUUAUCUUCAACACAUUCACGCCGUCGUUGACGAAAUCGAGAAACAACGGAAGCCUGAUUUGCGCCUUUACAUGAACGUUAAUGCCGGUGCCGGUGCACGAUGGAGAUUUAUUCCGUUCAAUCACCCUUCGACCUUUGAAACAAUCACAAUGGAAUCAGAUCUCAAGAACAAACUCAAAUCCGAUCUAGAAUCGUUCCUCAAAGGAAAACAAUACUAUCAUCGGAACGGCCGUAUCUGGAAACGAAGCUUCCUGUUAUACGGUUCUUCCGGCACCGGAAAAUCCACCUUCGUUGCCGCCAUGGCCAAUUUCCUCUCCUACGAUAUCUACCACAUGGACCUAUCAAAACUUCACACCGAUUCAGAUCUCAAAUCUCUCUUCCUCCAAACAACGCCGAAAUCGAUUAUUCUCGUCGAGGAUCUAGAUCGGUUUCUCGCCGUGCAAUCUUCAACGGCGUUGAGUUUAUCUGCGAUGUUGAAUUUCAUGGACGGAAUAUGUAACGGAGAAGAGAGAGUUAUGGUUUUCACGAUGAAUAGCAAAGACAAUGUAGAUCCGGAUCUUCUUCGUCCGGGUCGGGUCGACGUACAUAUCCAUUUUCCUCUCUGUGAUUUCUCAUCCUUCAAAUUGCUUGCUAGUAACUACCUUGGUGUGAAGGAUCACAAGCUAUUCCCUCAGGUGGAAGAAACGUUUCAAAACGGAGCGAGUUUGAGUCCAGCGGAAAUCGGUGAGUUGAUGAUCACGAAUCGUAACUCACCGAGUCGGGCGAUUAAAUCAGUCAUCACAGCUUUGAAAACGGACGGUGAUGGAAGGGGGUGCAAAUCAAUCGAACGGCGCAGAGGGAAUGAUGGUGAUGAUGACGUGGGUGAGUAUGCAAGUGAUCAUUCAUUUAAAGAAAGAAAGAAACUUUAUGGGUUCUUAAAAUCGAGGGCUUCCAGAAGAAAAUCCUGUUCGUCGUCGCCGAAUAACAGUGCAUUGGGAAGUCCGUUACGAAUAUGUAACUCAUGACUGCGUUGGAUGACACGUGGCAACUAAUUGUUGGUCAAUUGCACCUGAUUCGGGGAUUCGUACAUUAUUUUUCUCUUUUAUUACUCGUACAUUAUUGAUGGAUUCUAUUGGAAUUUGGAUGCAAUGCACACACUUAAAAAAGUGUUUAUAUACUUGCCCUUUGACAAGUUGUUUGUUUGCGUGGAAUAUAGAUCGGUGGAAAAUUGAAAAUUGAUUGAUAGUUAAUAAAAUAUUGGAAAUUGGUUUAUAUAGAGAUAAUUUCCCUCCAAAUAAAAUAUCUUGUACAUCCCUUGUAGUUUUGUUUU